GACGAGACCUCGCCUCAACCCGGCCAACAGAUGGCGCUGAAGUCUCGCGAUUGUACGUAAGCUCGGCUCUGUUUUCAGGUCACCAUAGCAACAGUUCCAACCAAAAUUGCUUCAGAUUUAGCUUUUAUGAGUCAAACCAUGGCCAACGUGUACCGAGGAUUUAAAACAAAUAAGAAUCCAGCUUGUACGGUUUCUUCAAUACCAACAAAAUACCAAAGAGUGGUGAUAACAAACCAGGAGAAAAAGGGCUUUUCAUCACAAACAAAGAGGUUUCCUUCACAAGUUUGUCUGAAUGAAAAUCCAGGACCGGGCAGCUAUUGUAUCACCAGUGCUGAAGUCAACAGUCCUUCGUUCUCAAAGAAAGGAACCUCAGGCUUCGUACCGCCCAAUAUUACCAUAAAGCAUCAGAGAAGCAGCCCCGGACCAAAUACAUACAACCUCCAGAGCACCUUUAUAAACAAGCAUGACUUCAACACAGGAGUCUCCAGGGUGUUCAGGCUGCCAGUGGCUGUGCAGACGGAUGGUCCCAAACAUAAAACUCCUGCUCCCAAUCAAUACGAUGUAAGUUGUUCAUGUAGCGCGAGGAUCUCCUCGGUGGUCGGUACAUCCUCUUUCCUCUCAAAAACCACUCGCAGCUCCUUCUCCCCGAGCAAAAAUGUGCCAUCGCCAGGCCACUAUGAGGUGAGAGACAACAUAACCAAGCACAGCUCCAAGGCCGUCUUGUCGCCCUUCAAAUCGAAAACUCAGAGGAUCCCUUCUCCAGUAGACAACCAUGUGCCAGGCCCCGGAGCUUAUAGUCCGCACCAGGCACCCACCUCGGUAAAGAAGACCACCCCGCCGAGGCGAUUUUAUUUGGCGAUAGCGGCACCUCCUCUGAUUGUUCCUAAGGACCCUCCCUUUCCAGGCCCUGGUCAGUACGACAUCGGGAAUCUUGACCGGCCGCCCAAGCGUCCAGUGCCCUCUGCUGCGUUUGCAUCCAGGACUGAGAGACUUCUCACAAACUCUGGGGCUGAUACGAGAGUAGGACCAGGUUUCUAUAAUCCACAACUUCUGUCAAAGCAGUCCUUCUUUUACAACGACUCCAGAGUCUGGAUUCCUGUGUGAAGGUUUCAGCUACAAUAAGCCGAGACUUUAGUAUUUUUUUUUAAGAGCCGGUGCUU